UGCCUGCGGAGCAGAGCCGUUUCCGUUCCCACCGCUGCUGCUGGACUCGGCAGGACAAGCUCGCUCGUAGCGGAAGCAGUUUCAAAACGUAGACAGCACCACCCAAGAAGAGUUAUUUAAAAUUGCCACUCACUGGACAAAUCAAGUCAUCACUGUCUCUUGAACAAUAAUGCCUCCUCCUGUUCGCCACAGAUCAAUGCGUGUGUUCAUGAACGAUGACCGCCAUGCUAUGGCCAAACACUCUGCCAUCUAUCCGACUCAGGAGGAGUUGGAAAGUGUACAGAACAUGGUGUCUCACACGGAGCGAGGCCUCAAGGCCGUCUCUGACUGGCUGGAUAAACAGGAAAAAGGGACUACCAAGUCUGAGUCUGAUCCCCCAGAGCCUGAGAAGGACAAUACCUUGUCUUUUGACAGUGAUCCCAGAGAUCAGGCCACUCGCUCUCUGCGCGGAGUGAUGAGGGUGGGCCUGGUUGCUAAGGGCCUGCUGCUGAAGGGGGACCUGGAUCUGGAGCUGGUGCUCCUCUGCAAGGAGAAACCGACCAUCAAUCUGCUGAAAAAAGUGUCUGAAAACCUUCUUGCGCAACUCAAGACAAUAACAGAAGACAAGUAUGUUGUAACCCAGAACGUACGGGACGCCAGCAUCGUCAUCACAAACACAAAGGAGCCCCCUCUCACCCUGACCAUUAACCUGACAUCGCCCCUGGUUCGUGAAGAGGUUGAGAAGGCUGCUGCCGGAGAAACGCUUUCAGUCAACGAUCCCCCGGAUGUUCUGGACAGGCAGAAAUGCCUUACUGCCUUGGCAUCUCUACGCCACGCUAAGUGGUUCCAGGCCAGAGCCAAUGGACUGCGCUCGUGUGUCAUUGUCAUCCGCAUCCUAAGGGACCUGUGUGCCCGCGUUCCCACGUGGGCUCCUCUUCGUGGCUGGCCACUGGAGUUGAUCUGUGAGAAAGCGAUUGGCACAGGAAACCGGCCCAUGGGGGCUGGAGAAGCUCUGAGGAGAGUCUUGGAGUGUCUGGCUUCAGGGAUCCUCAUGGCAGAUGGUCCUGGUAUUUCUGAUCCAUGUGAGAAGGAUUCCACCGACGCAAUCGGUCAUUUGGACAACCAGCAGAGAGAAGACAUCACAGCGAGUGCUCAACAUGCCUUAAGGCUGUCAGCUUUUGGACAGCUCCACAAAGUGCUCGGGAUGGAUCCUCUACCUUCUAAAAUGCCCAAGAAACCACGUAGCGAGACUCCUAUUGAUUACACAGUGCAAAUCCCACCCAGCACGGCAUAUGCCCCACCGAUGAAGAGGCCCAUUGAAGAAGAGGAGGGAACAGAUGAUAAAAGUCCAAACAAAAAGAAGAAAAAGCUGCAGAAGAAAUCUGCAGAGGAGAAGGCUGAGCCCCCCCAGGCUAUGAACGCCCUCAUGAGGCUGAAUCAGCUGAAACCGGGUCUCCAGUACAAACUGAUCUCUCAGACUGGCCCAGUUCAUGUUCCAGUGUUUACCAUGGCUGUAGAAGUGGAUGGCAAGACCUUUGAGGCCUCCGGCCCGUCCAAACGCACUGCCAAGCUGCACGUCGCUGUCAAGGUCCUACAGGACAUGGGCCUGCCCACCGGAGUGGAACUGAAAACUGCUGAGCCAACAAUCAACAAGUUGGAGGAGACGGUAGUAGCAGUCACUGUGGAGGAAAUGAAGCCGUUGGCGACUCCCACUGAAACCACCACAGCUAACGCGGGAGCAGCCAACGCAGACCGCACCGACGCAGAGACUGCUCGCCAACAGGGACCAAUUCUGACCAAACAUGGCAAGAACCCCGUGAUGGAGCUGAACGAGAAGCGGCGAGGACUGAAGUACGAGCUCAUCUCAGAGACUGGCGGCAGCCACGACAAGCGCUUUGUCAUGGAAGUGGAGAUCGAUGGGCAGAGGUUCCAGGGUACGGGAUCCAAUAAAAAGGUUGCCAAGGCUUAUGCAGCCCUGGCUGCUCUGGAGCGCCUCUUCCCUGAAGGCUCCCUGCCUGAAGCUGCAAAGAAGAAAAAGGGACCACCUAUGCACACCCUAGGGUUUGGCAUGAUGGGCGGUGGAGACGCAGGGGUUCCCCGAGGACGAGGGAGAGGACGCGGUGGCCGUGGACGAGGGAGAGGCUUCAAUAAUGGAGGAGGCUAUGGCCAAGGAGGUGGUUUUGGAACUUACGGUUAUGGAAACGGCGCCAACUCUGGCUACAAUUACUACAACAGUGGUGGAGCAAGUCCAGGAGUGGGGACAUUUAGCAGCCCGCCCAGUGGCCCUCAGAGUGACCCGCAGGCAUCAGCGCAGCUCUCCUACGCUGCGUACUACCCGAGCGACGGUGCCUACGCUGCCUCUCCCACUAACAAACCCCCGAAAAAGAAACCUCCAAUGCACAAAGGUGGAAAACCAGUCUUUAUGGGUCCCACAGGAAGCAACGCAGGACCUUUAGGAGGAGGAGGAUAUCAGCCCGGCAACGCCACGCCACAGUACAACCAGUACGGAAUGGGGAAGAAGAACUUCAACCAGAACCAGGGGGGAGCCGGCGGUUACUCGUACAGCACUGCCUACCCGAGCCAGGUGACGGGAGGUGCUGGAGCCAGCCAGGACUACACCUACGAUGGUUUCAACAGCCAGGCCAACUAUAACUCUCCCGGAGCUGGACCCCAGGGCUUCGGCGCCAACCACUCCCAGUACCACAACCCGGGCUACGGCAGGGGAGACGGCGGCAUGAAUAGCAUGAAUAGCAUGAAUUACCAGUACAGAUAGACUGUUGAUCGCCCCCAUCAGUAAAUCUUUGGCACAAGCUCCCCGCAUCAGUGUCUCAAGCCUUCUCCAAAGAAAGUGGAAAUUGCCUGAGUCCUCUGCCUUUUCCAUGUUUGCCUCCAGUGUGCUUCUCAGUGUAUUUGUAGCACAUUUGGGCACAAAAUUACAUUUGCAGACUUUUUAAAUGUCAGAGCUGAGCUUUGGUUGAAAUCUAGUGCUCUGUUUCAGUGGUCUGGUCAGUGCUUAGUUUUUUGUGUUGUAUUUUAUUUUUAUUUAUUUUUUAUUUUGCUGACAGUCCUCAUCCACACCACAAAAUGUGAAGACAGAUGUUACGAAUUAAUUUCUUCCCUGACUUGGUUACCUUUCUUAGAGUGGCAAGAGCCCUUUUUUUUUCUUUCUUUUUUUAAAUUCCUUUCUAUGUGAAACUAGUAAUGUUGUAGUUUAAAUAGCUUUUUUUUAAAGCGUUCCAUUUUCUGCAGUGCUUGUAAUUUUGGCUCAUUUUGUAAUUAACCUGAUAAGAUGUUAUUUUAACAAAUUUGAUGAUUACUGGAGUUUCUUCAUACAGUCUGAUGUAAAAUCCACAUUUCGGCUCCAUGUAGCUUUUGGACUGGGUGGGAAUUGUUCCUGUUAAUGUGUGAACAAGUUGUUUGUAUCAAUAAAUGAUUUUUAUUUUGAA